AUGUACAUUAAUAAUAUAUCAUGUCGUUCUAUUAAUAACACAAAUUUUUUACAACAAAGAAAAAUAAAAUUUGGUAAUAUAAAAAAUUCAGUUAUCAAUUAUAUUAUAAAAAAAUCAUUAACUUAUGAUAAUUUUACUCAGUACUAUAAUUUAAAUGAAUUAAAUAAUUUUAAAAAGUCUAUAAAAAAUAUGAACAGUCAUAAUUUUUUGGAUAAUAAAAUUGUAUGCUCUAUAAAAAAUUUUUUACAUUUAAAUCGUAAAUAUCAUGUACAAAGACAACAUAUAUCCACUUUUAUUAAAAAAAAAUACACAUUAUCUUUAAUUAAAAGAAGAAAAAAAAUAAUACCUAACAAUUAUUUUAAAUGUGGAAUCCAUACAAAUAAUAUGCUCAAGUUAAAUUCCUUACCCCCAUGUUAUAACUUCAAAAUAUUUUUACAAACCAAUCAAACUCAAUUAAAUACUAUUAUUAACCGUGAUCAAAUUAAAAAUUUUAAAAUACAUAUAAAUAAGUCAUAUUAUUAUUCCACAAAUAUGUAUGAUGGAAUAAACACGCACGCAUUUCAUACCCAAAACAUAAUUCAAAAUAAUAAUAAAUCUGAAAUUAAAAAAAAAUUACCAAAAGGAAGAAAUAUAAAUACGGCUAUAAGUUAUGCCAACAGAAUACAAUUACUGAGAAGAAAAACAAAAAAAAAAAAAAAAAAAUGGCUUAACAAAUUAAUAAAAAAAAAAAAUAAUAGUAAAAUAAUAAAAUUACAAUUAAAUAUGCGGAAAAGACAAAACAAAAAGUGCCUAAAAAAUUAUCCAACUAAUAGAAAACAUAAUUGUGGAAUAUAUAAAAAUAAUGUUAAAAAUACAAAACGUCCUAAAUGGGAUGAUGUGCAAAAUACUAAUACUCUUAAUUUUCAAAAUAGCCAAAAUAUAGACAAGGGAUAUUUAAAUAAAACGCUACAAACCACAAAUAAUAAUCAAACAAAUAGUGAUAAAACAUCACAUAAGAAAAAUAAUUAUUUAACAAAAGAAUUUGAUAAUAAUGAUGAAAAAGCAUCACAUGACAAAGCUGAAAUGAAUAUCAAAAAGCACGAUUUAUUAUUAGUAGCUCUCUCUGGUUGUAUACCAUUUAUUUGUUUUGGUUUUGUUGAUAAUGCAUUUAUGAUCAUUUCUGGCGAUUUAUUUGAUUCCACAUUUUGUGUAUUUUUAGGAUUAAGUACAAUGGCUGCAGCUGGAUUUGGAAAUUUAACAAGUGAUGUUUUGGGAAUAUUUAUAGGUGGCUAUAUUGAAAAAAUGAUUGUUUGUAUCGGAUAUCCUAGAAUAAAUUUAACAAAUAAACAAUUAAAAAUGAAUAUAACGAGAAAAUAUUAUUAUUUAGGUAGUGCAGUAGGUAUUGCCAUAGGCUGUUUACUAGGCAUGUUACCAUUAUUGUUUAUAGAUAGCAAAAAAUUAGAAAAAAAAAAUCAAAAUAAAAAAAAAAAAAAAAAAGAACAAGAAUUCCAACCAUCAGAAAAACAAACACAAGAAUUUCAUAAUGAUAACAAAGAUUUGGAUAAAAAAUUAAUCGAAUUUGUAUCAAAAAAAAUGCCACAAUAUAUCAAUUCAAGUUAUGCGUUUUUAUUUAUUUUUGAUAAAAAUAAAAAUCAAUUUUACACCCUAAUUAACAAUAAUCUUAUUUAUAUUCCUAUUACUCAUGAUAUAAUAUCUGAAACAUAUAUAAAAAAACAAAUUGUAAAUUACUAUAAUCAAAAUUUAACGAAUGUAUAUACAAAUUCAUUUAAUAUGAUAAAUAUGAAUAAGAAAAACGAUUUGCAAUCCGAGCUAAAUAAAUUUAACCAUUCAAGUGAUGACCACAAUUUUAAAAUCUCGAAAAUCAAUGAUGCCUUUUUCAAACAUCAUGGAAUAAAUGCCAAUCAAGUUUUAACUGUACCUGUAUUUGGAGUAAAUGAAUCUAUAAUCGCAAUAAUAACAGUAGUUAAUUCAACAAAAAAAAUCCCAUUUUCUGAUAGGGAUGUUCACUUUCUAAAUUUAUUUUCAUCUCAUAUUUCUAAGGAAAUAGAGGGGAAAAGCGACCUUGAUGCAUCAUUAAAGUUAUGCAAAAAUAUUAUAUAUAACUAA